CCUUUGUCCGUCAUGAAUCACCCCAAUUCUUCAGGUUCCAUGGAUGCUUUCAUCUCCAUUUCUCCACCUGAAGAGGAGAAGGACUCAAAGAAGGAGCAAGUUUACAGCAGGGAGUUCCAAGCAAUGUUGGAUGGUUUAGAGGAGGAAGACAGAUUAGAAGAAGCUGGUCAAGCUGCCGAGAAGAAAAAGCGAUUAUCUAUGGUUCAGGUUAAGGCAUUGGAGAAGAUUUUCGAGGAGGAAAGCAAGGUGGAGCAUGAGAGGAAGGUUAAAUUAGCUGAAGAAUUAGGGCUGCAACCGAGACAAGUAGCUAUCUGGUUCCAAAACCGACGUGCCCGUUGGAAGACUAAGCAGCUGGAGAAAGAUUAUGGUGUUCUUAAAGCAAAUUAUGACGCUCUUAAGUUUGGUUAUAACAAUCUUCGACAAGAGAAUGAUGUAUUAACUGCAAAGUUGAGAGAUCUUAAAGCAAAGGUCAAAGAAGAUUCUGAUAAAUUCUCAGAGAAGAUCAAAGAGCAUGAUUUGUGUGAGAAUGACGACGAUGAUCAUGAUUCAACUGGGAUUGUUAAAGAAGAGAGUGAUGUUAAUGCUCAGUUAUUGAUGUCACCAACUUCUUCUUUUCAAGUAAAUGGAUCUUCUUCAUCUUCAGAUUCAUCAAAUCAUCAUCAAUGGUUUCAACCAUUCGAUCCAAGAAUGCUUGUGAAAGUGGAAGAACAAUGCAUGAUUACUGCAGAAGAAUGCUGCAAUUUCUUCUCAGUGGACCAACCUCCAUCUCUUCAAUGGUACUUCACAGGGAAGUGAAAAGAAUUAAAGUCUUUACAACCCCAUCAAAUAAAAUAGCCUUGAAAGUUUUGUUAAUCAA